UCAGAGAAGUCUGGGACAUCUGGGUCUCCGCUGUGCAAAAGAUGUGGGCACCUUGUUCAGAGGUCUGUGUGGACGAGAUGCUGAUUGGUUUUCGUGGAAGAUGUCCCUUCUUGCAGUACAUGCCUUCGAAGCCAGACAAAUAUGGAUUGAAGGUGUGGGUCCUCUGUGAGUGCUUUACAUCUUACUGCUGGAAUCUUCAGUUUUAUCUGGGGAAACCAUCCCCAACAGCAAAACAUGAGGUGGGCCUAGGGAAGCGUGUGGUGAUGGAGCUGACGGUGGGCCUUACGGGAACCGUGACUGCCGACAACUUCUUCACGUCUCGUGACCUGGGGCAGCAGCUGCUAAAGAGGGGGAUGGCCCUCGUUGGCACAAUCCGUAAAACCAAGCCAGAGCUCCCACCACAGCUCCUGUAGAUGGGGGAAAGGGAGGUGCUGUCCACCAUCUUUGGAUUCACCAAACACACAAUGGUCUACUCCUACAUGCCUAAGGAUCGAAAGCCGGUGGUGCUCCUCAGUACAAGGCACUGGCAGGCAGUGGUGAGUGAGGAAGAGCACAAGAAACCUGAGGUCAUCCUCGACUAUAAUCGGUGCAAGGGAGCGGGGGAUAACCUGGAUAUGGUAUGCUUUACUCAUGAGUAUACUGUCUUUAUUGUACCUUUUCUGGGAAAUUAAUUGCAGCCCAUUUGAAUUUAUGAAUGAAUUUUUAUCAUGCAAGUUACUGGCACCUACACAUGCCGCAGGCAGACAAGGAGGUGGCCAGUGGCUGUCUUCUCCAGAAUGUUCGACAUCUCCUGCUGGAACGGCUUCCUUGUUUGGACGGCUCUGAACCCAAGAUAGGAAGUAAGGAAGACACACCGCAGGAGGCUUUUCAUUGACAUCCUUGGGAAAGAGCUUGUCCGCCCACACAUGGCAAGGCGAACCCAGUUGCCCCAGGCUGACAGACCACGCAACCAGGUGAUGGAGGCAAAGGCCUGGGGCCAGCAGCAAGGAGAAGAGGCUGCUGCUCAGCCACUGACCACUCCCCGACAACCACCUGCUACCACCCACCAGACACGAGCUGCCACCCACUACAACCUGCCAGACACAAGCUGCCACCCGCUACAACCCGCCAGACGCGAUCUGCCACUCCACUGCCACCCACUACAACCUGCCAGACACAAGCUGCCACCCCACUGCCACACGCUACAACCUGCAUGCAGCCAUGCAGCAAAAGCUAAUUGGUUUCAUGUUUUACAAUUCGAUCACAACAAUUACAUCAAUUAAAAAAAACAAAAUUGACCUUA